AAAUAAUUAAUGUUUUAUACGCCGCUCUGCGAAACUAUUUUCAAAAUGGCCGCGCCCAUGGUUCAUGAAAAAAAAUCGGCAAAUUCUCGUUUUUGUAUAGUUUGUCUUGGGUUUCUUUGGUGUUUUGUCUCUUGUGCAAAUGGAGUAGAAGUAGAGGAUUUUUUUACAAGUGACCAUACCAACAACUGGGCUGUACUGGUGGAUACUUCAAGGUUCUGGUUCAACUAUAGACAUGUUGCUAAUGUGCUCUCUAUUUAUAGAAGUGUUAAACGCUUAGGAAUUCCUGACAGUCACAUAAUUCUGAUGGUCGCGGAUGAUAUGGCAUGUAAUCCACGCAACCCAAGACCAGCAACUGUGUUCAACAAUGCAAAUGAACAAAUUAAUGUUUAUGGAGAUGAUGUAGAGGUUGAUUAUAGAGGUUAUGAGGUGACUGUGGAGAACUUUAUACGUGUGUUGACAGGUAGAUUACCACCAAGUACACCUAGAUCUAAGAGAUUGCUGACAGAUGAACACAGCAAUGUUCUUGUUUACAUGACAGGGCACGGUGGAGAUGGUUUUCUCAAGUUCCAAGAUGCUGAGGAAAUAUCCAGUGUUGAAUUAGCAGAUGCUUUUGAACAAAUGUGGCAGAAACGCAGAUAUCAUGAGGUGUUUUAUAUGAUAGAUACAUGUCAAGCUGAGUCUAUGUUCCAGAAGUUUUAUUCUCCUAAUAUCCUUGCUGUAGCUAGUAGUAAAGUAGGGGAAGAUUCACUUUCUCAUCAUGUUGACCCUGCUAUAGGUGUGUAUGUAAUUGACAGAUAUACUUACUAUGCCUUAGAAUUUCUGGAAAGUGUACAGCCAGGCAGCAAGAAAACCAUGGGGCAAUUUUUUAAAGUAUGUCCACGUGAACAGUGUGUAUCAACUGUAGCAUUUAGGACAGAUCUGUUCAGCAGGGAUCCUAAUAAAGUAUUACUAACGGAUUUCUUUGGGAGUGUUCGUAACAUAGAACUGUUGACAGAGACUGUACCUUUAUCUAACAUAUCACAGGAGGACACUUGCAGUAAAGAGUCUUGUAAACAAAGGGAACAACAGCCGUCUAAAGAAAAGUUGACAUAUGCUAAACAAUUUCCUAUGCCAUCUUGAACCUGGAAAUCUAUUUAACAAUGUUAUUCAAUCAUAAAAAUGUAACACGGAGAAGACUGUGCUUAUAUUAUAUGAGGAAAUAUAUGAUCUGUCUUCAACCAGGAGAGUAUAAAGCAGUAAUGUUGACCAUUCUUACAUUACAUGUAUAAUUGUAGUAUGUAUAACAUACCUAGUCUUCAUUUAACCCUGUCCAUGCUAAAUAUCUUAAAUGGAUUUGUCCAUCUAUCAGUCUAAUCAAACCCAUUUAUUAUUUCAAAAUAUAUACUGACUAGCAAACAGUGAUGACCAUGAUGUGACGUCACUGAUCACAUGGGUAGAUUCUAUAAUCAUCAACAUUCGGAGGGUUAAAUCUUGUAAGAUAAAUCUCAUGUAUUGUUGAGAAAUCCCAUUGCUAAUUAUCUUAUUUUGUUAACACAUUAAUUGUUGAAGUAUUUUAUGUUACAUAGUAUGAUCUUAUAUUAAAAUACAGAAUAUAACUGUAUUGAAAUGAAAUACUGUAUCAUUAACUGCAAGCCUAUAGAAUUCAAUAUGUAUGUGUUAUUGUGAUUACAUACACCUUUUUCUUUUCAUCACUGUAUCAUAUAGUAAAAACUUUUAUAAUUCAACUUGUAUCCUUUUUUGCAAUCAUAGUUUCUACACUGUGAAUAUGUCAUUUAUAUUUUGUUUAUUAAUUUCUUUAUUAUACAUAUGUGCAGCAGUUGCAAUAUGCCAUUUAUAUGAGGGUACAUACCUGCCUGCUGGGGGUGGGGACAAUAUCCUGAUUAUCAGCCUUGUGAUUUCAGAUGUACAUCGAUCUGGGUGGCUGUAAAUAUGGCAUGUAUGGGGUGUUUUAUGAAUGUGUAUGUGUGGGAUUGAUAUUGUGCAAUAUUUAAGUAUUGUAUUUUAUGACAGUUCUUGUUUAGUUAAAUAAAAAGAACAAUGAAAAUAUACGUAUUUUAUAAAAUGUUAGG